UUCUUCUUGGCCAUCAAAUUACUGUUCGCGGUAUUAAUUUUAUAGAAAAUCAUGAUGUUCUUGUUCUAAUGCUGUGAUUAUAUGCGAAAAGUGCGUGAUUCGACAAAAUGUCUUUUUCAUUUGGCACUCCAUCAAGUGCACCAGCUUCAUCAGGUCUCUCUUCAGGGUUCAGCUUCGGCGCUGCCAAGCCCGCGACGCCGGGCUUCGGUUUGGCAACAUCGCAGCCUUCAAGCUUCGGUUUCGCUAGCCCAGCGACGAGUUCGGCGCCUGCGUUCGGUGCAGCGCCCGCUUUUGGGGCGACUGGUUUUGGGGCUAACACGAGCACUCCAGCGUUUGGGGCGGGGGCGACUUCCACUCCCGCGUUCGGGGCCAGCUCCGGGUUCGGGGCGUCAGCAGCGCCUGCUUUUGGAGCUUCUACGACCCCUGCGUUCGGUGCAACUUCCGCAGCACCAGCGUUUGGCGCAGCAACAGCAACACCUGCCUUUGGGGCUACUUCGGCUGCCCCUGCUUUUGGAUCAACUGCUAACCCAACAUUUGGAGCCACAACUACUCCAGCUUUUGGAGCGACCUCUCAGCCUGCAUUUGGGGCUACAGCCACACCAGCCUUCGGCCAAACAAGUGCCCCAUCGUUUGGUGGUGGAUUGGGCACCAGCGGCCUCAACUUUGGGGCUGGGACCAGCACUGCUUCAACUGGAUUGAACUUUGGCGCACCAGCUACCUCGGCAGGCACAGGCCUCGGAGGACUGGGGGGCUUCGGUUUUGGGGCUACAGCUUCUACUCAGGGCGGUUUUGGAUUUGGAGCAACAACUAGCACAACUAACAGUUUAUUUGGUGCCAAAUUAGGGGCGACCACAGGACUUCAAACAUCCACUACGGUGACGCCCAGUCUCGGUUUAGGCGGUUUAUCGCAAAGCGGCAUUGGGACUGCGAACACAGCCACAGGCGAUGGAAAAAAUGAACCGCCGAAACAGACCAAGCUGCCAAAUGAAUUAUUAACCGAUGUGGAGUCAUUCAAAGAGUUUGUGAAGAAGCAGAAAUCACUCAGCUCGGACAUCAUGAGAGUGUCAAUCAAGCCGUUGCAUAAGGUGUCUAGCACGGCGGAGUGCACGCUGCGCGCGGCGCUGGCGCUGAGCGGCGAGGUGGGGCGCGCGCGCGCGCGGUCGGCGCGCCUGCGCGCGGCCGCCGCCGCCGCGCAGGCGCACGCCGAGGCCGCCGCCCGGGACACGCUCGGCACGGAGUUAGAAGGCAUGGCGCCGCCGGCGUACAUCAAAGAGCUGAUCGCAGAGCUGGAGCAGCAGAUAGUGACGUUCCGUCGGCAGAUGGAGGUCGCCGACAAACAGAUGCAGUCGUCGCCCAAACUGCUCACUGAACAAGAGUUGACUCUCGGCAUAAGGCGCAUGCACGAGUCGCUAGUAGCGCUGGCGGGUCGUCUACAAACUGUGCACACGCAAGUCGAGGCGCAGAAGGAGCAGUACCUGAACCUGAGGAAAUACGUGCUCAAGGACUCCACUGACGUCUUCAACUCUGUGUCAGCCAGUCACAGUCUAGAUCAGAUUCUGCGUGACGCAGAAGGCACAAGAAAGAAGACUAAGUCAGGGCUAAACGACAGCCUAGGCCGCGCCGUGCUGUCAGACCCUAGGGCUGCUUUAGGUAGCAUAGCUCAGCUAGCGGGACCCACGCCAUUCAGCUACCUGGGCAAUUCAUUCUCCCCGUACCCUGGAGCUGAUAAUAGUGCAGGCAGCAGCUGGCAGCCGGGCGCUGCGCCGGCGCCGCCGCCGGUGCUCGCCGCCCCCGCGUUCGCGGCGCACGACUCCGGCGCAGGAUUCCAGCUCCAGAAACCGCCCGGGAAGCGCGGCAAACAAUGAUAUUGGCGGUAACCAGGGCUGACGGACUCACGCGGCCCUGUGGUC